AUGGAACUGCGGCGUGCGGGCCGCCGGACGCAGGGCCGGGAUACCCGGCAGCAAUGCGAAACCGAGCACUUGCCCGGCGCCCCGACGCGGGGCGAGGAUGUAGGGUCUGAUGCGGAGUCCGGAUGCCCGACUGACUCCAGGAGCCCUGCACUUGUCAGUUUCCUCUUGGCCACGCCCUGGCGGAGACGCAGCCCGGCAGUCCGGGCGGCCGGCAGCAGCCCGGCAGUCCGGGCGGCCGGCGGAGGUGGCGGCGGAGGAGGCGGAGGCGGAGGCGGAGGAGGCGGAGGAGGUGCAGGAGGAGGAGGAGGAGGAGCGGGCGGAGGAGCUGGAGGAGGGCGCUCUCCCGUCCGGGAGCUGGACAUGGGCGCCGCCGAGAGGAGCAGGGAGCCCGGCAGCCCGCGGCUCACCGAGGUGUCCCCGGAGCUGAAGGAUCGCAAAGAGGAUGCGAAAGGGAUGGAGGACGAAGGCCAGACCAAAAUCAAGCAGAGGCGAAGUCGGACCAAUUUCACCCUGGAACAACUCAACGAGCUGGAGAGGCUUUUUGACGAAACCCACUACCCGGACGCCUUUAUGCGCGAAGAACUGAGCCAACGGCUGGGGCUGUCCGAGGCCCGAGUGCAGGUUUGGUUCCAAAAUCGAAGAGCUAAAUGUAGAAAACAAGAAAAUCAACUCCAUAAAGGUGUCCUCAUAGGGGCUGCCAGCCAGUUUGAAGCUUGUAGAGUUGCACCCUAUGUCAACGUAGGUGCUUUAAGGAUGCCAUUUCAGCAGGAUAGUCAUUGCAACGUGACGCCCUUGUCCUUUCAGGUUCAGGCGCAGCUGCAGCUGGACAGCGCCGUUGCGCACGCGCACCACCACCUGCAUCCGCACCUGGCCGCGCACGCGCCCUACAUGAUGUUCCCGGCGCCGCCCUUCGGACUGCCGCUGGCCACGCUGGCCGCGGACUCAGCCUCCGCCGCCUCCGUGGUGGCUGCCGCUGCCGCCGCCAAGACCACCAGUAAGAAUUCCAGCAUCGCCGAUCUCAGACUGAAAGCCAAAAAGCACGCAGCCGCCCUGGGUCUGUGACGCCAACGCUAGCCCCAACGUUGCGCCUCCAGCGCGGUGCGCAGCCUGCACCCUCUCCGCGCCCCGCCGCUUCUGCGUUACCCUCUCCGGACCUCCGGAGCCAAGUCUGUUUUUGCCCGGCUGAUCGCCCCUUGCUCGCAUCCGCAUCCCGGACUCGGAAAGCGGGACUCCGCGCGAGACCCGGGAUCCCACUAGGCGCACCAACUCGGUGGAUCCUGACCAUUCGCCUACCCAGGGGCCUAGAAUUCAGCUUUGUAGGGGCGGGUUUGGGAAAGUCUGGAGAGAGGUUGGACAAGGGAGUGCUGGGACAGCGGAGUGUGGCUCAUGGCAAAGCUGCAAUGAUGGACUCUUGCGCAGAAAUUAAAAUCCUGUUAAUAAAAAAUGAGCAAAAAAAAAAGCAGAAAAGAUAAAAAAGGGAACUUAUUUCUUACUGCUAUUUGGCAGAAUCUGAAACGGGAGAGAGAACCAAGGAACAAAAAAAAUUUUAAAAAUUAUUUUAUACAUUUAAAAAUAUGGAAAAAUAACCUGGACAAAUCUCGAGAGAACGGGGGGCUGGGGAGUUACCAACUUAAAGACGUGUAUGUUUUUUCCCAAUGGGCUGAGAAGGCAAAACAGAAGGAAGAGGUAUACUUAUUUAAAGAAUUAAGAUGAAAAAAGUGCGCAGCUGGGAAGUUCACAGGUUUUGAAACUGACCUUUUUUCUGCGAAGUUCACUUUAAUACGAGAAAUUUGAUAAGAGAGGCGGGCCUCCUUUUACGUUGAAUCAGAUGCUUUGAGUUAAAAACCACCACGAAUGGAAGAGCAAGAAGAGGGAAGACAGUAUAAAAGCAAGGAGAGAAAAAAUAUUAAUAGAAAAAGUGAUACCACAGACAGUGAUUUCUCUGAAAAAUUAUUAUGGCAGAACUGUCCAGACUGCUGACAGUAAAUUCCAGUUUGCAUGUUACUUGUAUUCCAUUGCUGGUGUCUCCCCCCUCCCCGCUUUACUCACAUACACUUACUUCAUUUUCAUCUUCAGUAUGAAAAACAAUACCAAAAGCGUCUGGAAAUUGAUAUCUAUCUAUAUAGAUAGAUAGUUAUCUAUCUAUCUAUCUAUAUAUUUUGCCCCGUCUUUGAUCCUGGGGGACAAAAGAAAAAAGUCGAAGGGAAAAAUUUUACACUCUGAUUGUCCCAAGCAAACGGAGGCGGGCAGAAAAUGGGGAAAGGAAAAGGAAAACAAGAAGACCAAAUGAAAUGUUGAAGGUACGGCGCCUCAUACGGUGCCUGACAUAUAGUAGGCACGCUCAGUGAUAGUCCCUCUCCUUCCCCCCCCCUUUUCUUGUAUUCCCUCUUGCUGGUUACCUGAAGUCCUAUUUGAGGACCAUGCUUUAUUUCCCCCUCUCUAACCUGUCACACUUACUUUAAACAACACCCAGCUAGAUACAGGCACUAGGUUUGUGUAAAAUAUGUUGAUACACACGAACAAAGUUUAUUUUGGCUAUAAUGUGUGAACUGAUGGUUGACUUUCAACAUUUGCAUUUUAUCUCACAAAGGUGUAUAUUCAAGUAAUUUUUUGUUUUGUUUUGUUUCAAUUCAUGUAGCUGUUUAAACUGGGGUACCCUGGACUAAGCAAUCUGUAUCCCAAUUCUCUAGAAAGCCUCCUUAGUUUUUUUUUUCUUCUAAUUUACAAGAAAGAGGAAAAGCUCUUUUAACUGAACUUUGGUAUGCGGUUGAGCUUUGUAACUAUUUGUUCUCCAUGAAAACAAAUUAUUUAUAUUUGCCAUAUUUUUUCUAGUGUAUUAAGUUAUUUUAAACAAAAGAAGAUGCUGUUAUUUCAUGACGUGUUGUCGGUACAAAAUGUUUCUGUUUCACCUCUGUUAAACCUUUUAAAUAAGUGCCAAGUUAAUUGAAGACACUUUGCGAUCAAUUGAAUGAAAAUAGUAUUGUUUCA